CUUCCAGCAUGGGUGGACGUCUCCCAUAGGGUGUUCAUAGUGCUUCCGCUGGUGCUUCUCACUUCAAUCAUCUUGGUUAUUCUUCCCUUGCUGCAUGCCCACGUGCCUCACGUUUACAGCUCCUACUGGUAUACAAUGUUCCCACCCAGUGCUACUCCUAAAAUUUGAUCCAUCUCCCCUAUGGAGUCAACUACGAAAUUUAAAGAUAUUACAGUGGGACAGCAAAACUGUAAGGUCUUUGCACGGGUAAUAAGGCUUUGGGAUGCUAUAAAUACGAAUCCCAGAUAUGGAAAUGCUUUGAUCAGCAUUGAUGGCAUUCUCUUGGAUGAAGAUGGAUCCAUGGCACAAAUUAGUGUGCCUAAAAAAUUUGAAAAACAAUUUCGUGGGUUGCUAUCUCAAGGAUCUGUCUAUAUUAUUUCAAAUGUUGCAGCUAUCGAUAUCAGAAGCAAAUCAUAUGUCUAUCGCCAUCAGAAUUAUAUGCUGCAAUUCAAACAAGACACAAAGGUUCAUCCGCUACAUUCAAGAGGUGCAGAUAUACCUACACUUUCGUUCGACUUUUGCCCAUUUGAUCAGCUGCCACAAAAAGCAAUUGAUUCCAAGCCACUCCUAGAUGUGAUAGGAGUAAUAUGUGAUGUUGGUCCAUAUGACUAUGCUAGCCAAACAUCUCAGCACAAAUUUCGGAAGAUCAAAAUUCGCAACCUAGUAGAACAAACACAAGAAUUAGUUCUAUGGGGCCAGCAUGGAGAAUCAUUUGAUGAAGAAACAGUACUUAAAAAAUCUCAAGAAGGAAUUGUCAUAGCCAUUUUUGCUGGUGUAACUGCAAAUCUACAAAGGUUUACAGGUAUGAUACAAGGAUCCUCAAGUUCUGCGACACAAAUAUAUCUUGAUCUUGAUAUACCUGAAGUUCAAAAGUACCGCACCAGCUAUCAAUGGAAAUGCCCAACUCUACAAAAGCAUCUCCCUCAGGUCAAACAAGUAUCUCCACUUGAAGCAGCAGGCAAACUAUACACCAUUGAAGAAAUAUCUAACCUUCCAGCAUCAUCUUUUCAGGGAGGAGCAACCUUCAGCACUAUCGCAAAAGUAGCAUCAAUUAUACCGUCAGUCAAAUGGUACUACAAAGCAUGCAAGCGUUGUGGAAAAGGAUAUAACAACAUGACAGAUACCCCAACAUGUGGCUGCCAAUUUCCAGUUCCAUGCCCAAUGUACAAACUUCCCCUUACACUAACAGAUAACUCGGGAAGUUUGGAUGCAAUUGCUUUCGCUAGAGUAGCUGAAGACUUAGUUGAGCGUCAUGCUGAUCAUGUUUCAAUGAGUAUGAAGAUAGAAGCUACAGAUCAUGUGCUUACCCUGGAUAAGGCCAUUGGUAAAGAGAAGUUAUUCUACAUAGGAAUGAACACUGAUUCGUCUGCCAAGUACCCUAUAAAUUAUGUCCUGAGAAAAAGUUUCUCUGUCAACAAUACUGAAUCAACACCUGUUCCACGUGCUCCAAAGGUAAGCAACUUCUUACAGAUUCAUUACCUUCAUAUAUCAUGGUUAUUAACAUAAUGUGUGAAGCUUUUUCAGUCAGGCAAGGAUACAACCACCAAUGACAAUACUCCUACAACUCAUAAGCUAACGUCUAUCAGCAUAAAGGAAAACGAAAAUAGGAUCAACGCAAAAAAAAGAAUUGAUUUUACUGAGAGUGAUGCCGACAAAUCUAACAGCUCAAAGGAACUGGAAGAAAGUACUGCGAAAAAGAACAAGCAUGAGAAUGUAGAUACACUUCCAGAAAAAUUGCAUCAACAGGAACAGCCAGAGUAAAGGAACAUUUGGACGAUUUAAGUACUUUACAUUGACUAUAUAAACUUUCAUUUUCUGAUUUAAAAAACCAGUAAUAUAUUGUGUUAUUUACUUUUUUUGACAACACUUCAUUUUCCAAUACAGGCAGGACAACUUGCACUCUGCUACAAAUGAGAAAUGAGGAAUAACGUACAUCGCCUACAACCAGAAAUAACAUAGUCCUUGUGUUCAUACCACUUUGCUCAGUUUCUAUUGUAACCAAGGAACAUUACAAAUUUUGUCCAACUACCAACUUAUCAGUGGUUCCAGUUUAUGUUCUCUGCAUUAAAAUACAUGAAUGCUAAUUUGAUUUUUGCAUUAACCAUUACUUAAAAAUCUUUCGGUUAGACAUUCUUUCCCAUGUGAGACACCUAUAUAAGACCCCCCAUAAUAUAUUGUACUCGCCACAACUUCAUCUUUCAAAUCAAAAUUUUUUGACUACCGGCACAAAAAUGGACAGCCAACACGAAGGCAACAGGUACGUCUACUGCAUAAAAUGUUGUUUUCUACAUCCCUAUGCUUGCUGCAAAUAACAUUAAACACAUAAAUCUUUCUCUAGGAUACAAUAUGAUGGACCAAGGAAUGUUCUGCCCCACUCAACAACUAAUUCAUCAAGGGCUCAGAAGAAGUACAUGGAGGCAACUGAAAAGAAAAAGACUACUCCAAAACCACCAGUGUCUGUUGCUUUCAGAGAAACCGUUGAACGUGAAGACAACACCACCAAAUACAUCUUCAAGUACAUUACGAAAGGAACCCACAUGAACAGAUAGUUCUCAACGAAGAAGACCCCAACUACAAAUAAAUUAUACCACAUAUUAUCUUCUUUUUAUGAACAACGUAUAACUAUGACUAUACAUAUGUAUUUUCUAAUUUUCAAUAAGUAUUUAUGAUUAUACA